UUAAACCAAAAACACUAAUGAGCUGGAGAGAGAUUCCGUGUGUGGAAAUCGAGCUGUAAUUGAAAACAUCCCUUCUUUCCUCUUUCUUUCUGCUUCGGAUCAUUCCACUCUUAACUCAAAGAGCCUAUAAAUACCUCAAAGCUCCGAUUUUUUUUGUCACACAACUUGUUCUUUCAUUAUUAACCCAUAAUUUGCAUAAGCCUAUUCACACUAAAUGUUAGACAUGGAGCUCAGCACUAUGUUUUACUUGUUUGCUUCUUUUCUCUUCAUUGUUCUCUUCAACUCACUCAUCAAAUCCUUCUUCUUCCCCUCCAAAGGUAGAGAAUUACCACUCCCACCUGGUUCCAUGGGUUGGCCUUACAUAGGAGAAACCUUCCAAAUGUAUUCUCAAGACCCAAAUGUUUUCUUUGCUACAAAAAUCAAGAGGUAUGGCUCUAUGUUCAAGUCACAUAUUCUUGGUUGUCCUUGUGUGAUGAUUUCUAACCCAGAAGCAGUGAAAUUUGUGUUGAACAAAGCUCAACUCUUCAAACCAACAUUUCCUGCUAGCAAAGAAAGGAUGUUGGGGAAGCAAGCAAUUUUCUUUCACGAAGGAGAGUACCAUGCUAACCUUAGGAGGCUUGUUCUUCGUACUUUCAUGCCUGAAGCCAUCAAAAACGUUGUUUCUGACAUUGAAUCCAUUUCCCAAACUUGCCUCAAAUCAUGGGAAGGAAAGUUGAUCACCACUUUCCUUGAAAUGAAAACUUUCACGUUCCAUGUUGCUCUGCUUUCAAUUUUUGGGAAAGAUGAAAUUCUUUACAGAGAGGAUCUGAAACGAUGCUAUUACACACUUGAGAAAGGGUACAACUCAAUGCCCAUAAACCUUCCAGGGACACUGUUCCACAAGGCUAUGAAGGCAAGGAAAGAGCUUUCUCAGAUCUUGGAACAAAUCAUCUCAACAAGGAGGAAGAUGAAGCAAGAUUACAAUGACUUGUUGGGUUCAUUCAUGGGUGAGAAAACAGGCCUCACAGAUGAACAGAUAGCAGAUAACAUCAUUGGUGUCAUUUUUGCUGCUCGUGACACCACUGCAACUGUGCUUACGUGGAUUAUCAAAUACCUUGAUGAAAACCCCAGCGUUCUAGAAGCUGUGACAGAAGAGCAAGAGUCCAUAUUGAAGGGCAAGGAAGAAAGUGUAGAAGAAAUGGGUCUGAAUUGGGCAGACACAAAAAAGAUGCCAAUAACUUCAAGGGUCAUACAGGAGACUCUAAGAGUUGCUUCAAUUUUGUCUUUUACUUUCAGAGAGGCAGUGGACGACGUUGAAUAUCAAGGGUAUCUCAUACCAAAAGGGUGGAAAGUGUUACCACUUUUUAGAAACAUACACCACAGUCCAGAUAACUUCAAAGAGCCAGAGAAAUUUGACCCUUCAAGAUUUGAGGUUGCUCCAAAAGCCAAUACAUUUAUGCCAUUUGGCAAUGGGACCCAUGCAUGUCCUGGGAAUGAAUUAGCCAAGUUGGAGAUUUUGGUGUUUCUACAUCAUUUGACCACAAAGUACAGGUUUGUAAACUUGUGUGCAAAAAAUGGGAUUCAGUAUGGACCUUUUGCACUUCCCCAAAAUGGCUUGCCCAUUACAUUAUAUCCUAAGAAAUAAAUACCACUCAAACAAAAAAGGAGAAGCAAGCAAACCAUUGCAUGGAUACAACUUUCUAUAUAUGGAAAGAAUCGUUUCAAAGCUAUCUGAAUUGGUUUAAACUUUCUUGAGAAAGUUAUGAAGAAAGAGAUCAUAUAGCAAAUAUAUAAAUAAAGGGAGAUCAAUCCUUCCCUUUAUUUUGUGGCCAAGAGACACCCAAAAGGGGUAAGUCUUAUGAUUAUCAUAAACAAACAGGGAAAUUAAGUGUACAGAGGAGGCAUCAUAGCCAGAGCCCAGAGCACACAGUCUUAAGUUCUUUUUGUUGUUCACUUUUACGUUUUUUAUUUUUCCCUUUUAUGUUCUUAUUUUCACAUAUAUCAAGGAAAAAUCCUCCAAGGAUUGGAUUAAUGUAUUG